UCCUCCGCGCUCCCUUACUCCCCUCGCCAGCCCUGGCGGCCCAGGCCACGCCCCCAGCGGCCCAUUCGUUCGCUCGUCCCGCGGGCGCCCCCGCACACCCCUCCGUUGCGCGGGUCCCAGCACGGUGAGGCGCUGCUGCCGAGCGUGGAACCAAGACGUGGCUCCCUGGCGGAGGAGCCAUGUUGGACUUCGCGAUCUUCGCCGUUACCUUCUUGCUGGCGUUGGUGGGAGCCGUGCUCUACCUCUAUCCGGCUUCCAGACAAGCUGCAGGAAUUCCAGGGAUUACUCCAACAGAAGAAAAAGAUGGUAAUCUUCCAGAUAUUGUGAACAGUGGAAGUUUGCACGAGUUCCUGGUUAAUUUGCAUGAGAGAUAUGGGCCUGUGGUCUCUUUCUGGUUUGGCAGGCGCCUUGUGGUUAGUUUGGGCAGUGUUGAUGUGCUAAAGCAGCAUAUCAACCCCAAUAAGACAUCGGACCCUUUUGAAACCAUGCUAAAGUCAUUAUUAAGGUAUCAGUCUGAGAGUGAAAACCUCAUGAGGAAAAAAUUGUAUGAAAAUGGUGUGACUGAUUCUCUGCGGAGUAAUUUUGCUCUCCUGCUAAAGCUUUCGGAAGAAUUAUUGGAUAAGUGGCUCUCCUACCCAGAGUCCCAACAUGUCCCUCUCUGCCAGCAUAUGCUUGGCUUUGCAAUGAAGUCUGUUACGCAGAUGGUAAUGGGUAGUACAUUUGAAGAUGAACAAGAAGUCAUUCGCUUCCAAAAGAAUCAUGGCACAGUUUGGUCGGAGAUUGGAAAAGGCUUUCUAGAUGGAUCACUUGAUAAAAGUACAACUCGGAAAAAACAAUAUGAAGAUGCCCUUAUGCAACUGGAAUCUAUUUUAAAGAAAAUCAUAAAAGAACGAAAAGGAAGGAACUUCAGUGAACAUAUUUUCAUUGACUCCUUAGUACAGGGGGACCUUAAUGACCAACAGAUCCUAGAAGACAGUAUGAUAUUUUCUCUGGCCAGUUGCAUAAUAACUGCAAAAUUGUGUACCUGGGCAGUCUGUUUUUUAACCACCUAUGAAGAAGUUCAGAAAAAACUAUAUGAAGAGAUAGACCAAGUUUUUGGGAAGGGACCUGUAACUCCAGAGAACAUUGAGGAGCUCAGGUAUUGUCGGCAAGUACUUUGUGAAACUGUUCGGACUGCCAGACUGACGCCAGUUUCUGCCCGGCUUCAAGAUAUUGAAGGAAAAAUUGACAAAUUUAUCAUUCCUAGGGAGACCCUUGUUCUUUAUGCCCUUGGAGUGGUGCUUCAGGAUCCCAGUACUUGGCCAUCACCAUACAAGUUUGAUCCAGAGCGGUUUGAUGAUGAAUCGGUAAUGAAGACUUUCUCCUUGCUUGGAUUCUCAGGCACACAGGAAUGCCCAGAGCUGAGGUUUGCAUAUAUGGUAACCACAGUACUUUUGAGUGUACUGGUGAGGAGACUGCACCUACUUUCUGUGGAGGGACAAGUUAUUGAAACUAAGUAUGAACUCGUAACAUCAUCCAAGGAGGAAGCUUGGAUCACUGUUUCAAAGAGAUAUUAAAAUUGUAUACACUUAACUUUGUUGAGGGAAAUGACCAUUUAGAAAAUAUGUAUUGAAUCCUUUUAUAAGCCAAGCAUCAUUGUAUAAUAUAAACACCUAUUAGUACUUCAUCAUGUAAAUUUGAAUUUUUGUAUAUCAGAGUUUCUUAGUGCAUUAUAUACUUUUAUACUUAUUGCAUUAUUAUAGUGAUAAUUUUAAUGGGAGGACUUCUACUUUUAACUUUUGUUUUAUCAGUUUCUAUGUCAUUGUUUUCAUAUUCUUAGCCUUAGUUUGAUCUCUAAAAUUAAUAUUCUUGAAGAGAAAUUAUUUUUCACAAUAAUGUUUUUUAAAUAUUCAUAAAAGAGAAAAAUAACUCAUUUUCACACUUUUAGUAAAUCCUCUUAAAGGGGACUUUACAUAAAAAGGAAAAGAAAAAAAGGACUUUAUAUAAUUUUAUUUAUUGGAUUAAUAUUUUUAUUUUCUGAGUAUAAAUUAGUUUGUGUUUAAUCAUUGUUAUUAGGUUUGGGUAAUUCAGUGAAUAACAUACCUUGUAUUUGCUUGUAUGCCUUCCCAGACAACAGUGUUUAUUUCAUGACUUAUACAUUGCUCAUCAUUUUGAACAGUUCUGAAUCAUUUGGAAAAUAAUACAGUUAGUUCUGAAUGUGUUUUGAAGUAGUGUCCUUCCUAAGUAGCAAACUAAGAGUGAGGCUUGUCUGUCCUUUUUUUGCUGGAAAUUGUAGUAGCACUCUGUUACUCCACUAAUCAUCAUUUGUGUAAAAAAAAAUUCCUGAAUUUAUUUAUUAUUAUGUCAUAUCCUAACCAUAAGAAAUGAGAGAGCAUUAACUAAAAGCUGAAACCAAAUUUAAAAGAAAGAAAACAAAGAUGGGUCGAAAAUAAUUGCAAAAUAUAUGACAGAAAGGGAUAAUAUCCAUAUUACAUAUAAAGAGGUCAAACAAAUUGUUAAGAAAACAUACAGUAGAUAAAUAGACAAAACAGCUUUUAUAAGGGGAAACAGCUAAUAAGCUUUUAGAAAAAUGAUCAGUCUAACUAGUAAGCAAAGAAAUAUUGGGGCUUUUUCAAAAAUAAGUAUCUUUCAAAUUUACAUUUUAGUACUGGUAACUUUUAUAUUUAAUGCUUUUUUAUUGACAGCAUUGUAUUUUAGUUUGCUUUCUUUGGUUACACUGUUCUUGAAGAACUCUUUUUUUAAAAUAUGUUUUUUUAAAGAUAAAAGGAGAUAUGAAGGAAGUAUGCCAAGUGCUGAUAGAGAGGAAAGGAAGAAUAGUGAUAAAUGUUUGCAGAUGGGCUUGUUUUUGACACUGCUGAAUUUCUCUUGUAAUUUUAGUUUCAAGAAUGUACCCUAGUUAUUAAUUGAGUUAUUUUAUGUUGUGUUUAUGGUUAUAUAGCUAACAUUUUAGACCUAGUAAUAAGUAGUUAAACAUAGAAACUAAGUAACUAAAUGCAGCCUUUAUUUCUGACAAAAACAUUUAAUUUAUGGAAUAAUUUAAAUUCUGAAACUUUAAGUGAAAUGUAUUCUUAGUUCCUAGCAUCAUGUUUCUACAAAGGCAUGUUGUUACAUUUAUUCCCUGUCGCCUAUCAUAUUCUAUGGUUUUGCGUAUAAAGAGCAUCUUCCUUUGUUAUCCAAGUACCUUAAUUGGUUUGGAAACUGGCACUGGAAGGUUAGAGUAGCCAGUUGAUAUGUAAACCGAGUGUCAGUAAAAUCAGGUGAGAUCAGUGGAAUUUUAAAGCAAGUGCGACCUGAUUAGCCAUGAUCAAGGCAAAAACAGGGUAACUGAACCAGAGUCAGGGUGUUGGCAUGUUGCCAGUAAGUGAGACAAUGUAUAAUAAUGAUGGAAUCGAGGAAAAUAGAGCAUAGAAGAAUCAGGUAAAUAAGCAUAUUUUAUCCAGAGUUACAUAAAUAACUUGAAACAUUAAAAAUAAGUCAUUUUUCUAGAGGAUUUUUAAAAAAUAAAAAUUACUGUUAAUCAUAUGUAAAAUAAGUUAUCCAUUCACUGUUGUUCUUACGUGGCCCUCUAUUUGUCAAAUGACCUAAAUUUUAGUAGCCUCAGUGUUACUGAUGGCUCGUAGCAUGGCUCUAGCAGGACUCUUUAAGUUUUAUAGCUUUCUGGCUUUUUAAAAACUAUUUCUUCACUGAUUUUGAUCUACAUUCUUUUUGAUAGUUCAGAAGUUUAUUGUUAAAAACAUCAACACAACACAUUUUUUAUGGAAUGAAAGGGCUCUUCCACACUUUGUGCUAAUAAAAUUCAAAACAAUUAAUUCUGUGCAUAUGUUUGGGAAAAAUGAAAAACUCACAUGCUGUUUGGCCCACAAAUGUACAGUUUCAUUUUUUUAUAUAAAUAGAUUCUAUCUUAUUUAUAGACUAUCAAAAUUUAUUUGUUUUCUUUAUAUUAAAAUAGUUUGUAUUUUAAAGACAAAAUGCUCUAUUUUUUUAUUAGAAAAUUAUAUGGGUUUAUUGUAGAAAAAUCUAGGAAACAUAGAAGCACAAAAAUAGGAAACUCCAUCACCACUAUUUGAACUUAAACAGUGUUAAGCUUCUGAGGUGGAUCCUUCUACACUUUAAUCCACAUGUAAUUUUUACAGACAUAUUAUACACAAUGUUCUCGUCAUUUAAUAUGUUAUGAACCAGUAGUGUUUUCCACAGCUGGAACAUUACUAUUCUUACUCAGAAUGUAAGCACAGACUUGUCAGUCUUUUUCUCUGCCUCUUUCCCUUCUCAAAUAUUGUUAUUCUUUUCAACUUUAAAAAUGGCCUUAGUUCUCCAUCUAUUCUAUCAAAACAGUUAUAUAUUAGUAGAACCAAGUUGCUAAAGUCAUAGCAUAAUCUAGGUGUUACAAUGAGCAUUUAAGAAAUGAAAUUACUCCAUUAUCCUAAGAAAAAUCUUCAAUAUAAUUAAGGGAUAAUUGGGAUAGCAUAAUAUAUAAUUAUAAUAUAUAAUUGGGAUAGCAUUUCAUCUUUUAAGAGGACAUUUUAAGAAUCUUUGUUGUUGUUUUUGGUCUCUGGGGGAAACAGAUUAAAAUUCUUCCCUGAAGACAUGUUUAUUUUUUUCUCCAGACCCAUAAAAAGUACUGUUACCCUUUAUAAAAUGUACCUUUUUUUCACAUGCGGUUAUGUUGACACAUUGAAAACUGCUUAAAAAAACAUAAUUCUACUGAGUGUGUAACAGUGAAGACAUGGCCAGUAGAAUCAAGGAGUCGUUUAGUAGCUGUGAGAAGAUAGCUGCGAGAGAAAUGGACACUAUUUUCAAGGGUGGGUUUUUAUAUUGUCAACAAGUUGAUGCUAAUGACCUUAUUUUUCUUCUUAGCCAGUCCUAUGCCUGUUUCCUGAGUUCCUAAGACCAAUGAUGAAGGUAGAAGGGGAGGAGUUGGGGGAAGGGAGGCAGUGACAACAAAGCAGUUGCUGUUAUUGCAGAAGUCAGAAAAUCAGCAUGGCCAGAAAGGCUGGAUACUGUGUUGCUUUGAGUGUUGUCAGUGAUCUGCACUGAUAAAAAGGAGUGAGACUGAAACUUGCCAAAGUAGAACAAGGGACUGGAAUGAGCAUUUGUUACACACCAAAUUCUUUAUAUACUCAUCUCAUUUAGUCCUUAGAAAGUAAUAGUAGGUACAGGUAGGACUAACUAAAAUAGUUCUUCAUUCCUGCUAGAAUAAAUACUGUAAAUAAAGACAGCAGAUACUAGCUAAGAAACAGUAAAAGAUCUAAACUUCAGAUUAUCUUAAUAGCUUCAGUGGGGUUUAGUGGGGUUUUGUUCUUAUUUAAGAGAGAACCAAGCAAUAGUUUCAAAUGAUGUACAGUUCGUAAUAGCUAAAGAAAAUGAUUAAGAGAGUAAUGUAACAGCAGUAUUAAAAGAAAUCUCAAAGGAAACUAAAUAUUGACAACUCAGCUGCCACUUGUACAACUGUUUUAAGUUUUUUCCUGUUCCCACAUACGUAUAUUUUUACCUAUUGCAAUCAGAAUAAUUUGAUCUACUUUUCAUUUAAUGCAUUUCAGACAUUUUCUUUUGUUACUUCAAUUUUGUAAGGUCUUAUUUUGGGGUGGGAGUAGACUUUUAAAAUACAAUAGAAAUCAAUUUCAUGUUUGAUUUAUCGAAUUUUAUGACACUGAGUGAAUGGAUAAUUGUAAAAUUUGAGCUGGGAGCCAUUUUGUAAAAUAUCCAGACAGUAAACAAAAGGCAGGAAAUGACAUUCCUUCUUCCAGUUGGCUUCCCAUUCAGUCAGUUUACAGUUUGGUGGUUGUCUUUCUACAGAUUGGGAAUGGAUCUUGUUAUAGCAUGGAUAAACUGCCAGGAGCAAAUAAGUCACAAAUAAUCCUGUUUGGUAGUUUUUUUUAAAAUCUACAUUUAUAUACAUCUAAAAUACUUGCAAAUUCUUGUUUUAAUUUUUAACACAUGAUAGUAGAGAAUGAAACUUAUUUCGUAACUAUAUUAUAGAUAAAGUUGUAAUGUGCCUGUCUCCAAAAAGGCAAUCAGUAAAUAUUUUUGAAUAAAUGAAUGAAAUCUUCAUUGAGGUUUUCUCUGCAUAUAGAAUAAAGGAGAUUAUUCAAGUUACUUAAUAGUUGAAAAAGAUUUCCAGAUAGCCAAACUACCUCUAAUGCUAACAGCACUUUGUAAUAUGCUAAGUACCCCAUUGCUGGAAGUAUUUAAGAAGAUGUUGUAUGGAUAUCUUUCAGUGAUGCCUGUAUUAGGUGUGAACAUAGGUUUAUAAUAGCCUAUAGUUCUACAAAAUAUCAACCAAAAUAGUUGGUAAGCAAGUAGUCCUUUGUUCCUUCUAUAUCUUAUCACUAGGUCAUCAUUAAAACUAGGAAAUGUUUAAGGAUCAGAGUUUUUUUAUUAGGUUAACAACAGCAUUAUUUCCCAAAGUGUGUCUCAUGGUACCCUAUCCAAUGAGAUACUCUGAGAAAAAGUUUCCUCGAUCGUAUUCAUUCUGUUUAUAUACAUAUAUUCUUUCUCAGAACGAAUAUUAAUAUAUUGGAAGAACUGAGAAGUUCUGCUGUAAGGAAACCUAUUUUAACUUGGUGUAACACUGAGUGUUCCAAAUGUAUUUGAUGAAGGUACCCCUUUUUCAAGUUAUACCUAUUAUCCUGAAAAACCAGUGUUUCAUGGAGAUAUAGUGUUCAGUAGAUCUAUAGAUGUCGUGUCCAGAAUGAUCUACAGACAAAAGGAGUCUAAAGGAACAUCUGUCUUAGGUAGUUCUUUAACCUAUGCAUGGUCCAGAGAUUCUCCAGACUAGGAGUGACCAUAUUAGAACCAAGGCACCUGAAUUCCAUGUUCUCUCACUCCCUCACCUCCUCCUUUUUUCCCUGUCAGAGGACAGAGCCCUCUUACUCUCCUGACUCUCUCCGUCUCCUGACUUCCAUUUCUGUCCAAAGAAAUGUGACCCAUUUAGUUAGGCAACACUUUUUUAUUGGUCACUUAAUGUGUGUCAGAUCUUAUUGCAGACGCUGGGGAUAUAGCACUGAGCCAAACAGACAUGGAAUUUACUGUGUUCUCUCUCUUCUGUGCUUCGCCCCAGGAGGAAGAACCCCAGUCUCAUGUGCCAAAGCUUAACUUUCUAGCACUUGAGCUCUCUAGGUCCUGGGUUUGGAAGCAAUUCAAGGACCCUUUAGGUUAGUGGCUGAAAGGGACAAAGGAAGAAACUUGUAGUUGACUACAUGACAGAGAACAGAAGGCUUCAGUUACAGGCUGUAGAGGUGCAAGAAGCACAAGGAACCGUUGGGAGUGAAGCCAUUAUUUUUGUUACUUUAAGUUUAUGAGCAAGAGAAUUAAACUGCGUAUCUUAUCAAGGAAAACUGUCAACAUUGAUGCUGAAUAGAAAUCUUGGAGAUUGUUCAGAGUGAGACGAAACAAAGCUAGGAAUUGGUUUGACUAGAUUAAAGAGCAAUAUUGAUUAUAAUCAUUUGUAUGAAUUGUUCAAUUAUACUGCAGCACUAGGUAUGUUCAUCUUUCAUGAUUUGUUGCUAUGUUGCAAGGUCAGCAGCUAAUAGAUAAUUGAUUUUUAGAGCUUAAAAGGACCUUGUAGAGAUUAUAUGGCUUAGCCUGCUCACAAUUUAAAAUUUUAGAGGGGGAAAUCUAGGGCCUCUGGGAGUAGAAGAGCAACAUUAUUUGGCUUUCAUUUUGGAUUUUCUCAUAGUCUUCCAAAGAUAGGUGCUUAAGUCAAUGCUGUUAUUAUAUUCAUAGGAUUUUGUUAAGCUUCCAAGGAAGUGUAGAUGCAAAGGGAAUUGGAAAAAAUUUGUUUAAUAUUCUUGAUAUAGAGCCUUUGAGGGAGAUGCAAAUGUGUUUUGAAUGUUAAAUUUACUUAGAUUUAAAAAUACAUAUCUUCAAGCGCAGUUGCCAUGACAACCUUUCUUAAUGUGUGUAUAAAAUUUAUGUCUGUCUCUGAGGUUUUCAUCUUUCUCAAUACAGGGUUUAAUCACAAGAAUUGGGCACUGUGGUGUAUUUCUAUCUAGAUGGUGCCCUGUGGGAAUUAUAUAAUUUUGAGAAAUGCAAGUCAAGCAUCAGAGCAGUUCUGUAGCAUGGUGAUCCCACCAAGGUAAAUGUCAUCUUGUUCUCUCCAUGAUCAGAGAUUGAUCUGGCUUCAAACCCAAGAUGAAAUUCUGGAUUGAAAUAGAACCAUGAGUCUGUUCUGAGUUUCUGUUUUUUUCAUAUUUAGAGGAUUUGUAGGAGGGCCCUAGGAGGUUUGGGAAAUUUUGGACUAAAUCUCUUGGAUAGCCCCCAAACUGAUCCAGUCUCCUUGGGAUCAUCUAAAUCUAAUCAAUAGUAUAGGUUGACUCAGAACCACAAGAGACAGCUCUACAAUGGCCAGCCAUGUGCACAGAGACACCCCAGAGACUCCUUCUAGCCUGAACUCCAAUCCAGCAACCCUAGAGAGAUACCAUUAUCAGACCUCUUCACUUACUUUUACCUCACUUCAUAUGCACUUGUCUGUCAGUCUCUCUUUUGCACGUCAGGGGCCAGGAGAAGAAUACUAGGAUUUUGGACACCCAAAGUUUAGGAGGAAGGAAUUCUUAUCCUCAAUUCUGGAAAUAUGAAUUUAUUAAGCAGUGGAAUAAGGGAGUAGUCACUGGUACCUUCUGGUAACUAUGACUUGAAUUUGAGAACUCAACAUGGCUGCCUGAGAUUUUGAGAUGCUUGCUAAAGAGCUAUGUUUGUGUUUUAUAUUUUAGUUCCUCUGUGGUAUAGUAAAAAAUAAUAAUAAAUUUUUUUUUGCAAUUUAAGAACCCCUGAAGAUAAUUAAUUAAGUUGAGAUUAGAAGUAUGAUCUACUAAUGUGCUAGCUUUGAAUUUACUUUAGUCUUAAUAGACUUUGAAAAACUAUGUUACAUUUAAGAGACUCCACGGAUAUGUUCUAAUCCAAUGGCCUUAUAAAAGGGGGAAAUGAAAGCUGAGAGAACUUAUUUUAUAUGAGAAUUUGCCCAGGCUAGCACAAUUUUUUUUUCCCCCAAACUUGUUCAGAAUGUGAUUUCCUUUUGGUUUCAUAUUAUUCUCUAAAGGAUGAAUUUAAAACCAAGGAAAGGCCCCCUAAGCAAAAAGAACUGCCUAAGUUACUAUACUAUGCUAUUGAUAACUGGAAGAAAUAGGAUAAUAGUCUCCUAAAAACAAACACUUGAAAAGAGAUGUCCCAUCUAUGAUGGGACAUGCUAUGAUGUUUAUAAAGGUUUGGGGGCUUAUUUUUAUUGUAAGAGGCACAAUCAGGGCCAACUACAUAAUUUGUAUGCCCAGUGCAAAAUGAAAAUAUGGGGUCUUAGCUGGGGAUGAAGUCAGUCUCCCCCCUUCCCACCGUUGGGUCUGCUCUUUUAACCUAUAGUUGAUGAGAGACCCCCCUCCCCACCCCACCCCCAACGGAUUGAAGUUUCCAUGCUGGGACAAUGUUGUUUACCUAGAUCAGGGGUAGGCAGAGGAGCCCUGCCCAGUUACCUGGUGAACAUGCUGUGGUGUGGCCAGCCCAAAGCAGAGAUGACUUCUUCCUUGCCCUGCCUCAAGAUGCUGCAGAGCAAACUGCUGGCUGGACUCCAGUCCUCCCCACACCUGCUCCCAGGCCCCCACUGGAGGGUGACGUGGCAGAAAGUGGGCCUCCCUCAUCAACCCUCCUCCUAAUGCAAUCUUACUGCUGCUCUGGGUGGAAGGCAGCAGUGGUAAUGGGCAGGGAUGGUUAGAGGGAGGCCAGGCAGGGUGCAGGGCACUGGGGAGCAGGAAGCUGGUAACUGAGAACAUGUCUAGGGAGGCAGGGAAGUAAACUCUAAGCCCCGGGCGUAUACUCCAGGGUCCCAUUGGACUUCACUUACAAAAUACAAAUUCACAAAUAAAAUUUGAGAAUUUCACUGCAGAGCCUUCAAAGUGUUAUACCCCAACAUAGGGUCCUUCUGAGGUGUGGGCUUCUGUGGGACUGCACUGGUUGCAGCCCAUGAAGCUAGCCCUGGACACAUCUGACCUUACACAGCAUGGUGCUGUGACUCAGUGGUUUUUGAGGGCUGUACCUCCUGGUUGUAUGCUAGUUGUCCUGGCAAAUACCCAUAAAUGUCUUUUUCAUGAUUUAUCAUCAAGCGAUUUAAAACUCUCUAGGAUGUCUUAAAAUUAUUUACAAAAUAGGCAACAAAUAGAUGCCAAACUUAAAAGCAAUUUCAUAAUACAGAUUUUUAUUAAAGUUGCAAAAGUGAUACAGUACACUAUAAGUCUCUUAUCUGAAGCCCCAUUUCACUGAUGGAGCUCUUACUUUCCUGUAUUUUAAUAAUUGCCAAACAUUUUCUGCUGGAAGGUAAAAUGGGAUUUUUCCCUGAAAUAUCAUUAUAAAACCCUAUGAAAUAUUUCAGUGAUAUGAGUCAUUCACUUAUUCAUAUGGUUGGACAUCUAGAUAAUAGAAAUCUGUGAGAAAUAUAUUAUUAAUUCCUGUGGAGGAGGAAGGAAGAAAUCCUACUGAUGUAUUUUAAGUGUAGUUAAAUUCAGUAUUCCUUGCCAUUUUAAAAUACCAAAGUUAUUCUCUUCUGCUCCUUUCUUUCCAAGAGGCUACAUAAAAUUACUUUGACAAGGAAAAUCAUGAGUCACUUUUUUUGCUGUUAACCUCUUCUACAUUCCAUUUCAUGAACAUAGCAAUCGGUGGUCAAUGAUAUUCUUAGCAACCUUGUACUAUACAAGUGAGACUUACUACCAUAUACCAUGAUGUUUAGUUAGCAGUUUUGUCAAAGUAUAACCUCUUUGUUUGCAAUAUUACUGAAACUGGUAAGGAACAGAUUGUUGUAAAAAAAAGUUAGCAGCUUUGAAAAUCAUACAUGCUGCAGUGAAUAUUCAGCAUACAGGUUCUAAUGGUAUUAAAGCAUAAUCAGAAAAACUGGCAUAUUUCAAACUCUUAGCAAUUCAUGUUAUUAAGUGAAGGUCAAUAUAGCUGUCAGUAAUAAAAACCUAGUUAGUACAUUUUGAGGCUUGAUGCUCUAUAAAACCUUUAACAUAAUUUAAGACAAAGUGUGAACAAAAGUAGCUAAUUUUAGAAAUCCAAUUUUUGUGAACUGAUUGGUGAUCUCUGCUGUGGGAAAGGAUGAUCUGUUUUAUGCUUUAGCUCUGAAAUUCACUGUUUUUGUGGGGGAGGGAUAUGUAAAACCAAUUUUAGUAGAAACUUAAAGAACUGAGGACUUUUUAUUCUUCAAAACCAUAUGCCUUUCAAGAUAAAUUAUCUACCCCAUUGGUUAUGUCUAUACACAGAGAUAUGUUGUCAUGAAGAAUUUCAGGUUUAUAUUGUCCACUCUCAUGGUUUGAUGGAAAAACUUUUUUCCUCCUUUCACUUUUCACGGGAAAGGGAGCUAUUUUGUUGUCUCUUACAGGAAACUAUUAUAGAUUCUAAAUAUUUAAAUACAAUCCUUCCAGGUUGUAUCUUGGGUAUAUGUUAUUUUCUCUCCUUUCAAGAGUAAUUUCUUCUUGAAAAAUGCUUUUUAUUGGGUAUUGGUUAGUAUGAGAGGAUUAUUGCUGAUUUUGUUAGAUGUACAACAAUAUUGUGGUUAUGUGGCAAAAUAUCUUUGUUUUUUAGAGAUAUAUAAUAAAGUAUUUAGGGGUUAAAUGUCAUGAUUAUUGUAAUAUUCUUUAAAAUUCUGUAUCAUAAGAAUAAUAUAAGGUAAAAUAGAAGCCAUUGUUACAUCUAAUCAGUGGAUGUUUGUGUAUUCAUUACACCAUUCUCCGUACUGUAUGUUUGUAAUUUCCAUAAUAAAGAGACAAAAAAAUGACUUACAAUAAAAAUGAAAAAAAUAUG